GCAUGGCCGCAGGAGCCACAGUGCUGUUGACUCGGUUUGGUUCCUGCAUGCUGUUAACAGCGCUGGUCAGGGGACGUUUAACCCGGAGAUCGUGAGCUUUGACGCGCGGCGGAGACGUCUGAUUCACUGACCGUGUGUUGUUGUUGUUCGGCGGGGCAGAGGUGCUCGGACAGCUGCGGGAUCAGAGAGCUGAAGCUGCUGGUUGGAGUCUCUUUUCGGUGGUUCACAGCGAACAGGAGUGGAGACCCCGCGCCUCAGAAAGACUGUGCUUCUACUGUGGUUUAGCUUUUGCAUCGUGGAACAUUUUUGCCUUGUUUUGUGUUUGUACCUGCGUCUCAGCGCUGCUUUCUCUGUGGAAAUUCAAACGAGUUGGUGAAAGUGUUCGCUGCACUGCGCGGAGUUGAACCACAGGGAAGGAGUUCGUGGAAAAGGCUGAAAUAUCCUGGAUUUUAACUGUUCAUUUCACUUUACGCAAAACUGGUUUAUGUUAAAGAGAGGGGGUAGGAAGUCAUUGAUCUGACUGUCAGACUGAACAAGACAGAGCUUCCUUUCAAGAAGAGCUUUAAGCUUUUAUCUAAUCCAAAUAUUUAGGAGGAGGCUACAUCUGUGCGGGAAUAUAACGCGCAAAGUGUCAAGACUUCACCUCGAAAUCCAUCCGUUUUUAAACCUGAUCCCGAGGAGGGACUGUAAUCGAUUUUCGGAGUUCCCCCAGCAAACAUGCCGCAGGUGGAAAUGAUCCUCUUCCUCAUCCUCAUCAUUGGGAUGUGUGUGUUCGGGCAGGAUCCGGCAUCCAAGGUGGUGUCCGACCGAUACGCCGUCUUCUGGAACCGGACCAACCCAAAAUUUUACCGGGGUGAUUACCACAUCGACGUCUGCAUCAACGACUACCUGGACGUCUACUGCCCGCACUACAUCAGUCCAGUCUCUGAUGAGCGGGCCGAGCGCUACGUCCUCUACAUGGUGAAUUAUGAUGGCUACAGCUCCUGUGAUCACACAGCCAAGGGCUUCAAACGCUGGGAGUGCAACAGGCCUUUAUCGCCGAAUGGACCGCUCAAGUUCUCUGAGAAAUUUCAGCUUUUCACACCGUUCUCCUUGGGUUUUGAGUUUCGCCCAGGCAGAGAGUAUUACUAUAUCUCCUCCAUCACCGACGACAAGGGUAGAAGGAGCUGCCUUCGACUCAAAGUCUUCGUCAGGCCUCAAAACAAUUGUGUGAAAAACUCCGGGAGCGUGCAGGAAGGGGUCGAUUUUGACGACAACAGUCACAACUCUCUAGAACCCAGAGAUGGCAUCAGUCACGAGUCUCCAGAGCCAGCUAGACGGAAUGUGAACUCCGCUGGUCGACGCCAGACGUCAGUUCUUCUGCUCAGCUUCGCCCUCAUCCUCCUGGCAGCCAUCUUGUCUUUAUAGCGCACAAGCCUGAGGAUUCCUCCAGGAAAGGACUGUCCUGAUUGGACUACAGGCCGCCCUACCCUGCAACCCCGCCCCCAGGAGCACUUUUAUAAAACAAACACUGACAAUCUCUCUAAAAAAGAGAGAGGAAGGGACUUCCAUGCCGAAGCCUUCGUUGUUUUUGAAUUGCCAACUUGUGUGACUUUGUCAGGUGCCGACGACCGAGGCGCCCUGAGGUGAAAGAGGCGGAGUCUCUUACCUGUUUGCCUCACUACCGUUCACAGUAUGCAGAUAUUAUACAUUAACACAUACAUGUUUGACACAAACAACACAAUCAGUACACGUUUUAGCUGUAAUGUCAAAGAAGCACAGCGGAAUCCCUUAAAAGUUUACAGACUUUUUACAUUUUUUUGCGUUCAGGAAAACAUCACGAAUCCCACACAUGAAACAUUAAAUCUCACGUCAGAGUGGAAGAGAUUUCAAAGAAGAUCCAGGAGCGACACAUCACCCAUGAUCCAACGAAAAAGGAGACGGAUGUCGUUGACUGUUUCCAAAGGCGCUGGGGUUAGGGGGGCAGGCCUUUGAUGACUUAACCUUCCUCUCAGGUUAAAAAGGAGUGGGAUGCGUCGUCUCAGACUGCAGAGGAGCGUCGUCAAGAGUAAAAAGAAAAUCUAAAGAAGCACUCAUCUUUUAGUGAUCGCUAGAGGAGGUUUAAUGAUCGAUUAAUGUGUUUGUUUUUUAAUAAAUCACGUAAUUCAAUUGUAGCAGCCAACACGGGUGUACAGUAAAAUAUUUGAACGGAGCGUAGAAGUGGAUAUUUGCCAGGCAAAAUGUAUUUUUUCCUAUUUAUUGUGAAGUCCUUGUGCUUUUUUUCUGUUCUGGUUUAGUCUGCAAGUACAGUAGAGCGGCAAUAAAACAACUUACCCAUUAUGUUAGCUCAUUUUACACAGUUUAUUUCAUACAAUCAUACAAAAACACUGAGUACAGCUUAUAUAUCUGCUUGAAAUGAUUGCUGAUGAUGUUUUUUAAUUGUUUUUAACAAAGUCCGGGAAGAAAAAAAAAGUCUGAUGUGCUAUAAGGGUGUAGAAAUCGUAGAAUGCUUGUGUUUCGAAUCUGUCAUUAAAAUGUCACAGAUGUAGUUUUACUAUUACACUAUUGCUUUUGUGAAUCACUGUUAAAACACAACUAUUGUAUAUAAAGAAAGAGGCAAAUUUCCUACAGAGUUCAGGGAUGUGUCCAUGACUAACUUGAGGUAAAAAAAAAACAAAAAAGAUGAUUUUUUUUUUAAAGCAGCACAAGUGGCUGAUUCAGUGACAGACUCACAGAGAAGUGUGAUGGAAGAAGAGUGUAGGUGGGCAGAGGGAUUCAGCAGCUCUUUUUGGUAUCGACUACCGGGAGAGCUGGGAUGCACAGAGCGAGGUGUCCUGUUCCCAGAAAUUUCCAAAGUAGCCCUGAGAGGAUAAAGAGGAGGAGAUUUGUGGUGCUCCUGCUGUGAUCAAUAGUUGUGGACUUUUCCACAAUGUUUAUGCCAGCUAGAGCAAAUCCAAAUCUAGUAUCGAUAAUUGGAGAUACCAAAACCAAAUUAAAAUCUCUCCCCUAGUGUGCAUUUAAAGGAGAUGUUCCUGCUUGAGUGGCAUGUCUACACAUGAGUAUGAUCAUGGUUGCUUGUUUGUGUUCUCUAUUUCUAUCCGUCCAUACACACGUGUGUUGUGCAAUCAGAGGAAACACUGCAGCUUCUCUCUCCUUAAUCCUGCCAUAAGCUAACGCGCACAGCAUCCGUCCAUAGCAUUGAAUGAUCUGCUAGCCCUUUUUCCUGCUCUAUAGAUACAUGCUGGGCCUUUUACUCAUAUCACUGAAGUGUGAAAUUCACUCUUGAAUGUAUAUAAAUCUUUUUACUACAUGACAGCUGACUUAUAGCUCCUUCUUGAUUCUGCAUUUUAUUUGUUGCUGACUUUAUCUCAACUACCGUUCAACUUAAGUAGCCUAGAGGGAGCGAAGGAGAGCAGAACUGCCCCAUAUUUGGUACAGACAGAAUUUGGAUAUGAAAAUAUGAAUGAUUAGCUGGCUGUUUUUUUAUUUCUUACCCAUCACGUUUGGCACUGACAGUUGAAUGAAACCACAGCAGUGCUAAUGUUGCUCCUGUUGCACCUGGAACUCAUCGGCAUGAUAACAGUGUUGUGGCCACACUUAAUAGCACGUUUCCACAUAGCAGUUUGGCUCAAAUUACUUGCAUUUCCAUUGUCAAAGUUAUUUAAAUUUAUUCAACUUCACUGAAACCAAGAAUCUGAUUUCAAGAAUGUCCUUGCCAAGACAGUAAGCAGCACAUUUACAUGACAUUAAACCUGAAAAAAUGUUCCCAAACACCACUCAACCAGAUCCUGAGUCCAAGAGUAGAAAUUUAAACAUUUUCAACCUGAUGAAUCCUCUUCCUAUGCCUUCGAUAUACUUUAAAAACAUUCAAAGAGGCCCGCUCCCAAAACACAAAUUUUUCCUGAAGCAGACUCCAGGCUGCAGCGUACCUGAAAGGUUGGUGUAUUUUCUGGUAGAUCCGUUUCCUGUUUGAAACGAGACUUAGAAAUCCAGAGAAAACCUUGUAAUUCAAUUGGACUUCUCAAUUUGUUUUUCUGUUUUUUGACAAAAAAUUAAAAAAAAUAAUAAUAAUUGAGGAAAAUGAUAUCAUGUGACCAAAUGGGAAAGGGGAACAUUUCAAAAUAAAGCCCUCAUGUCAAAAUUAAAAACUACAUAGCAAACAACUGUGUUUUACUGGAUAAAAUAUAUGAAUUAUAAUUGAAAAUUAAUUCAUUAAUAUGAGUGUAUAAGCCUGGUCUGUUUGAGGUUUUUACCCAUCUAAACAGCAGGAAUCGGUUUAAAUUCAUGAUGGUAUUGUUUGGUGAAAAGGUUUACUUACUGUGUACAAAAUAAGUAAGUUAAUAAAGGAAUAAUUAUAGGAAAAACAAACAAAAAACAACAACAGGCUGAGGAGUUUAUGGCUCACUAUAGUUUCCCAUUGUGUUAUUAGAUGGCCUGGAUGGUUUAAGUAGCAAAUUAAGUUUUUGGAUAAAAAGUUCAUAAUUUGGGUGAAGAUGGCCUUAUGGUUGGGUCGUGCUCCAUGUGCAUGGGCAGCCCAGGUUCAGGUCCAGACUGUGGCUCUUGCACUGCAAGUCCUCACUCUCUCACCCCAGUUUCUGGCUCAGUCCACCGUUCUUAAUUUCCAAUAAAUGCAAAAAGCCCAAAAUUAGUCUUUGAGAAAAAGGAGAAAGUAAAUGUUUAGGUGUCAAUCAGGCUUAUUUCUGUCAAAAAUAAAAAAUGGUAUAAGAAGAGAUUCUCUGGAUUUCUGAGGCUCGUUGCAACCAGGAAAUGGAACUGCUGGAAAAUGCACUGACCCUGAAACUCAAUUAUCCCAUUUCUAGGCACACCUUGGGAACAGAGUGGUGUUGGGAAUUCAAGCUCUUUUCAAUGAUCCAGAAGAUUUGGCUCAGCUCAGCAAGAACAGUUGUUUCUUUCAGCUCUCAAACGGCUCUUCAUUGAGGUACCAGUUUGACCUGCCAAAUUUAGCAAUGUCAUGACUUAUGAUUAAUAUUUGUGCUGGAAUAUUUCUCCAACUAUGCUCAGUUUUUUUUAAUUUAUUAAAUCAAUCACAUAACACACAGACCUACACAACAUAAUCAUAAUAAUAAUAAUAAUAAUGAUAUAAAAUGGCUCUCAAAUGGGAUCCGGAUCUUCACGUAAAAGAGCCGGUUGUCUCACGAGUGACCCAUCACUAGAAAAGAGGGCAAAAGUAAGUCUUGUAACACUGAGCUACAGAGAAAACGCUGCAGCCUUCAGUACCUUCAACAUGAAUAAAGUCACAUGUAAAAAUAAGGAUAUACCAAUUAUUUUAUCCACGAGUGGUCAAAUAAAAUUAGACCAACUUGAAAAUACACAGUACAAUGAUGACUUGGGACCUUAACACUGGAAAGGGAGCUAAAAAGAGAAAAGGAGAACAUACCAGGUGACAUAAACCAACACCUGCCAAAUUUUCCUUAUCACACAAAAAUCUUAGGGAUCUGGUGGGAAAAUGGUGGUUUAAAUUGAGCUGUUUGUGCUCUAACAUGUCAUUACGUCUGUGCAGAGAGUGCUGCACAGGAAUAAUCUAAAACAUUCAUACAGCAAGUUGAUUUGUUUCAGGAAAUAUUGUUUCACUUCAGGGCAAAAAUGAUAAUUUCAUCUGAAAACGCUUUCUCCUCUGUUUUAUUUCCUACCCACAUUAAGAGUCCACUGUCACUGCAAUCAUCGCCUCCAGCCACGCCACGUUGAGAAAACCCAAUCAGUUAGUUCUGUGGAUACCGUGUAUCCAACAAUUAGCCUGUUGUAACAUACAGUGUUAGAUACUUUCUCUUUUUUCACUCCUCUUUUGAAGGGCAAUUUAACUGACACAUUAAUAUUCUUAGCAAGAAAAAAAGCUCACUGUUUGAUAUGAAAAUAACGCUUUGUUUCAUUUUAUAUGUCUUUUAUAUGAAACAAGAAAAAUACAGGAUCAUCAUUGCACCCUCUGUGUGUAAAUGUACUUGUGUGUGACCAUGCAGUGAGGUCGGUCGGGUUACAAUCAUGAAUCAAAAAAGCCUGAAGACAGAACAGAUGGAUCUCCAUUAGCAGGAAUAUAUCUGCUUUUCUCUUAUCGCCCCAAAGCCACUCUGGUUUAUGUGUUGUUACAUCCAGAAUGUUAUUUAGGAUGCAUGAUGUGAAAGCUAAUUCGUGGCUGAUAUCACAGUCCAACCGGGUUCAUACUGUUUAACUGUGUUAACAUGGCAGACAUUUUCCUCUGACUUUAGGCUUUUUAUAGGAAGUUCUGAUGCUUUUAUAAUAUCAAGUACAUUUUUACCUCCCUGAAUCUAUAGUACUAUUCACACAGGAUUAGAAUUAUCUGUGUACUUUAUCUUAAAAUAAACUCAACUACUGUAGAUAAGGGAUAUUAGGAUUCACAAGAUGUGAAGAGGAUGUGCAUUUACUAUGCUAGGGCAUACUUAGUGUUGGGUCGGGUUGGGAGUUUUUGGUUAACACUGUUUAAGUUUGUAGUUUGCAGCACAUUUGGCACAGCCUUACUUCUAGUAUACUGUAGCUAACUUUCUGAUGGCUUGCUUAAAUGUUGGCAAGCCUAGUUUAGUGUUAGCUAAGAAUGCCUUUCCUGUCAUAAAGAGUCCCACAAGCAAACAGUUUAGCUAGGGAGUGUUGAGUGCCAACAAUAACCGCUGCCAACCACAACUGAUAUGUGUGGUCCAAUGACGCUCUGGGUAACCACUUCUUUUUGUUUGCAACUUCACAUGGCAAAGUUUAGCGCAGACAUCUGCCAAUUAUUACUUGUUUGGGGUUUUUAAACAUUUUAAAACCUAACGAGAGGGGUCUGGCUGCAGACCGCUAAAUGUCAGACCACUGCUGUGAGACACCAUCACUGUCAGAAUGGGACGCAAUUUGCCAGUACAACAUUUUAGAUGUUUUUUUUUUGUUUGUUUGUUUGUUUUUAAUUUUAGAUUAAUUCACAACGUCUGGCACUUACAUUCCUGAAAUAACCACAUUGCAAACAUUAUUGACUAAGCAGCGUUACAUAAAUAAAAAGAAAAAAGGCCCGAUGUCUAACCUUAAUUACGUAUAGACCAAUUUUAGAGGUAGCUAUGCAAACUGUGGCUUGCUUGAGCUUUGUUAGCUUUAGCUGAAGCUAACAUAGUUUUGCUAGCCGCGUAGUUAAUGUUACUAUGUAACCCAAUGUAGCUAUGUAAGCAUAAGCUAAUAAAGCUAAAGUGAGCCACAGUUCACAUAACUACUUCUAAAAUGGGUCUAGUUUUGGGAAAUGUAGCAUAAGCUAAGAUAGUUAACAUAGCUUAUUUUGCUUUAGCUUUAGCUAUGUAACCUACUUAGCUAUGUUACCUACAGAGUUUCUAAUACUGCUUCUUACCAUUGCUGUGCUUGCUUACCAUUGCUUAUCAUUGCUGUGUAGCUACCUAUCCUAUGUAGCCUACAUAGCAUUUGUAGCUAUGUAAGCUUUAGUUAAAUCUAACAAGCUAAAGUGAGCUACAGUUCCCAUAACUACUACUAAAACAAGUCAAACUUAAGCAAAGGUAGCAUAGGCUAACGAAGCUUUUUGCUUUUGUUAUGUUACCUACAGAGAUUAUGUUUCUAAUUCAGCUUCCUUACCUUUAGAUUUACCUAUGUAGCUUUAUUACCUUUUUCAGCAUACGUAGCAUUUGUAACUUUGUUAGCCUUUCAUCUAGCUACAUUGCUACAUUAUCGGUGCAGCUGACGUAUCUUGGUUACCUUUAUCCUUAGCUUUAUCAAACGUUUUGUAAUCAGGUUUUGUAGUUUGUAGGUCAGGUUUUUAACUUUUGGUACCCUUACCCUUACCUUAACCCUUACCCUAAGGGUACAUGGAAGUUUAUUCUGAUUUUAUUUUUAAGUUAAAGCGUUUUUCUGUUCUGACAGAUGGCGGUCUGAGAUCUGCAGUCUGCAGCCGGACUGUCUUGACAACACAUCGCCAACCAAAAAAAAGUCAGUUAUUGAAAACAUUGCUACCCUCCGCAUACACACUGUAGAGUCCAUUUUAUAAUUUACCUUAGCACCAGUUUCCCUUCUCUGCAUCUUUUCCAUUGAAAGAGAAUCUGUAAUUUAACAGAAUUAACGUUCCUUUGAUGAGCUAAUGUCAGAAGAAAAUGUCAGCCUUGUGGGAAUGUUGUGGGCUAAAAGGAAGGUAUUCUGGACUUUUGACUUCUGCACAUGAUUUCGGUACCAUGAAGCCUGAAGCUAACACCACUGUGUCUCUGGUUUGCAGCGUCUGUUCAUCCUCCUCUGUAUGUUUAAAAGGAUGUGUGUUUUUGUCUGUGCAUCUCGCCUUGGGAAGGUUUUUGCUACUAAAGUCACAACUGUGUUUGCUUUUCCCAAACUAGACACGGAUGUGCCACAAAACUGCACAUUUCUUUGGUUUUGUAGUACCUGUACUUUGUGCCUAUGAGCCCCAUCCUCUCAUGUACUCAUCUAAUCUAAUCUAAUGUCUGUUUCCUGCUCAAUCUCUCACUAGAAUUUUCUACAAAAAGGCCAUUUCUUUGUAAAUACACGUGUUGGAGCAGCUAUGACUAAC